AUGGUCCACGGCCACACAACACCCGUAUGGUCCACGGCAACAAAACACUCGUAUGGUCCACAGCAACACAACACCCGUAUGGUCCACGGCAACAAAACACCCGUAUGGUCCACGGCAAUACAACACUCGUAUGGUCCACGGCAACAAAACACCCCUAUGGUCCACGGCAACAAAACACCCGUAUGGUCCACGGCAACAAAACACCCCUAUGGUCCAUGGCAACAAAACACCCGUAUGGUCCACGGCAACAAAACACCCCUAUGGUCCAUGGCAACAAAACACCCCUAUGGUCCAUGGCAACAAAACACCCGUAUGGUCCACGGCAACAAAAUGCCCGAUGAUGUUAACAACCAGCCCAGCCCGUCCCCAUCCCACAGCCCCCCUGCGUCAGGAGAACCUGAUCAAGAGGACCAAACGGAACCAACCAAAACCUUUUCUCACGGUUGUCUGGACUGUGGGAAAGAUUUUUCUCGCCCAUGUGACCUGGUGAGACACCAGAGAGUACACACAGGGGAGAAGCCCUACCCCUGUCCUGACUGUGGCAAGAGGUUCGCCCACUCAGGAGGCCUCCGAGAACACGAGAGGAUACACUCCGGAGAGAAGCCUCACUCCUGCUCCGUGUGUGGGAAGAGCUUCACCCAGAAGGGAAGUCUUAGAGUCCACCUACGGACACACACGGGGGAGAGACCUUAUUCUUGCUCCGUCUGUGGCAAGAGUUACACCCAAAAUGAAUUUUUGAAAGUGCACCAGCGAACACACACGGGAGAGAGGCCCUACUCCUGUUCUGUGUGUGGCAGGGGCUUUGCUCAGAUAGGCAACCUGAAGAAACACCAACGGAUUCACACCGGGGAGAAGCCUUACCAGUGCCCGGAGUGUGGAGCCAGUUUCACCCAGAAGGACAGCCUGAAGAUGCAUCAGAGGUCUCACACGGGAGAGAAACCUUGCGUCUGCCCCGAGUGCGGGAAGGGUUUCCGCGACAACGGGCACCUGAAAGUCCACUUGAGAGGAGAAGCCGUACUCCUGCCCCGACUGUGGGAGACGGUUCAGCCAGGCAGACAUCCUGAAGAGACACCAGAUGGUGCACACAGGGGAGAAGCCGUACUCCUGCGCCCUGUGUGGGAGGAGGUUCGCCCAGCCUGCCACUCUGAAGUACCACCUCCGGACCCACGCAAGAGAGAACCAGACAGGGGGGCCUCAAUGCUGCCCAGUGUGUGGACAGGACCUCCCUACAGAGCAGGCUCUGAGAAAACACCUACAGGCACACAUGGGGAGGACCUCGGUCACAACGGGGGACAGGAAGACGGGGAGGAGGAAGUUGGUGGUCUGAUCAAUUCUGAUGGAGAGGACGUUGGCUGGGACCCUUCUCAUCUUAGAGAGAGUCCUGUCGGCGGCUCCGGUAGUGAAGAAAGUCCUCCUACAUCAGACAUCAACAAGAAUCCGGGUGACCAAUCCGGAUCGUCACCUGACGACAGAGAGGCCUUCAGUCAGACACUGGGUCCUGACGACAGAGAGGCCUUCAGUCAGACACUGGGUCCUGACGACAGAGAGGCCUUCAGUCAGACACUGGGUCCUGACGACAGAGAGACCUUCAGUCAGACACUGGGUCCUGACGACAGAGAGACCUUCAGUCAGACACUGGGUCCUGACGACAGAGAGACCUUCAGUCAGACACUGGGUCCUGACGACAGAGAGACCUUCAGUCAGACACUGGGUCCUGACGACAGAGAGACCUUCAGUCAGACACUGGGUCCUGACGACAGAGAGACCUUCAGUCAAACACUGGGUCCUGACGACAGAGAGACCUUCAGUCAGACACUGGGUCCUGACGACAGAGAGGUCUUCAGUCAGACACUGGGGGUGAACAUUAAAGUAGUGGAGGAGGAGGAGCUGGAGGACUUGAGUCAAACUGUUGGGGUGAUGGUUAAAGAAGAAGAGGAAGAGGUGGAGCUGGAGCACAGUCAGACACUGGGGAUGAACAUUAAAGUAGUGGAGGAGGAGGAGCUGGAGGACUUGAGUCAAACUGUUGGGGUGACGGUUAAAGAAGAAGAGGAUGAGGAAGUCAACAGAUUCAUUCAGUCCCCAGUAGAACAAGUGGACUGGGAGGCUGUUGAACUUGGAGAGAAUCCUAACCACUGCUCAGACCGUGAGGAGAGACCUCCCCAGCAGGAGAAUCACACAGCGAAACACCAUCACCACACAGAGAACACAAGCCUCACUCCUGCUCCGACUCUAUUUGAAGGACCUGAUCAAAGCCAUUGAUUAGGAAAUAAUUAGGUUCACGAUAUCAUUUAGUUACUGUACCCUAUUACAGAUAUGUAUGUUGAAUUAAUUGCCUUUGAUUGAAUAAAUCAUGGUUGCAACAAA